AGGCGCGUAAAUGUUUUAUUGUGAAGUUUCCCCAGCGGAAGUGUAACGCUUGGUUUCGUCCCCUUGUCAGUUUGGUGUCAGCGGUUCGUUGAACCGUACAGUUUGUGGAGUUAGUCGGUGAGACGUCGCUGCCGUCGGUCUGCAGCUUUUAUUAACAGCUGUUGGUUUUUAUUUCUGGACUUUAAAUCAUUUUAAUAAAGCGCACGAGGACUUUUCCGGUUUGUCUCGUUAGUUUAAGGACGCAGCUACCGGAGACCGAGACUUUACCGGAAGCUCACCAAGCUGCCAGCUGAUGUUCCUGUGACAGCAGCGUUUCCGGUGCUCGUGCGUGUUUUUGGGUGUUUCCGUGUUGAAUGUGAGUGUGUGUGAGUGUAACUAGUAAACUCUGAGCCAACAUGGAGACACAGAGCAGCAGCUAGCAGGCAGCACAGCUUCCUCUACUACUUCUCCUCGCGGUUCGCAGCUCGGUUUGAUCUUUUUGGGAGUUUUCUCCGCCAGGAUGACCGGAGACUCCACCGGGAACUUCCACCUCCUGCACCGGACCUGUAAGCUGGUGGUGCUGCUCUGCUUCCUCCACAUCUCCGUCACUCUCGUCUUCUACGUCCGUUCUCUGGACAUCCGCUUCGCCUUCACGCAGAACCAGCAGUCACACCGGCCCGGUGCCUCUACCGGGAGUCCCGGUGUCUCUACCGGGGGUCCCGGUGCCUCUACCGGGGGGCCCGGUAACCAGAGGGAGAGAGCCCCGGAGGUGAAGAAAGCAGAGGAACCGGAAGAGAAGCUACAGAAAUGUCCUGAAACAUCGCCGAUACUCGUGGGUCCUCUGCGUGUGGAGUUUAACACCCCGGUGAAUCUGGAGCAGAUAAAGAAGGAUAACCCCAACCUGCAGGCGGGGGGGCGGUUCAGGCCGGCGGGCUGCGAGGCGCUGGCGAAGGUCGCCAUCAUCAUCCCGUUCCGCAAGAGAGACGAACACCUGAAAUACUGGCUGUACUACCUGCACCCCAUCCUGCAGAGACAGCAGCUGGACUACGGAGUCUACGUCAUCAACCAGGACGGAGACGUGAUCUUUAACCGGGCCAAGCUGCUGAACAUCGGCUACACGGAGGCGCUGAAGGACUACGACUACGACUGCUUCGUGUUCAGCGACGUGGAUCUGAUCCCCAUGGACGACAGAAACACCUACAAGUGCUUCAGCCAGCCCAGACACCUGUCUGUGUCCAUGGACAAGUUCGGCUUCAGGUUACCCUAUAAUCAGUAUUUUGGGGGCGUGUCCUCGAUGAGUAAGGAACAGUUCCUGAAGAUCAACGGCUUCCCUAACAACUACUGGGGCUGGGGGGGCGAGGACGACGACAUCUUCAACAGGCUGGCGUCUAAAGGCAUGACCAUCUCCAGGCCCAGCGGAGAAGUCGGGAAAUGUCGAAUGAUCCGACACGACCGAGACAAGAAGAACGAACCCAACCCUCAGAGGUUCGACAGGAUCGCUCACACCAGAGAGACGAUGUACAAAGAUGUCAACUCUCUGUCCUACAGCGUGGUGAAGACGGAGAGGUUCGAUCUGUUCACUAAGAUCACGGUGGACGUGGGGAAACCAUGACGACGGUGGACGUGUGGAAACCAUGACGACAGGCGAUCAGCUGAGCGCAGGAUGACAUGCAGUAAAAACCAAACGUGCCUUUGACACGUUUCUUCUUUGUUGUUUUUUUUGCACCACCGAACACGGACUGCAGGCCGGUGCCUCCAGGACUCGUCACUGAUUGGACGAGUGUGACCAAUCGGCUGCCUCCGUCUGCCAGUCAGACGCUGCUGCUGCUGCUGUUUACUGCACCAGGCUUUUAUUCUGAAAAUCACUCAGAGACAAUCAGAGUGCGGGUUUAUGGGUAAUGAGUCCUGAUUCUGAUCCAGAGACGAAAAACCAAAAACAGUUUGUAUCAGCGACGCGUUCAGGAGCCGCCGUAAAAUCCAGCGUCACGGCAACCAAGCAACCUGUAGCAACCAUCAGCAGUUACCAUGGAAACACGGGAAGCCCUGAGUCUUCGUGUGUGUGAAGAUAUUGAACUGAUCAGAAACUGAUUGAUCGAAUCUCUGGAUCAGAACCAGAACAGCAACUCUGUGUGUGUGUGUGUGUCUCUGUGUGUGUGUGUGUGUGUGUGUGUGUGUGUGUGUGUGUGUGUGUGUGUGUGUGUGUGUGUGUGUGUGUGGGUGUGUGUCUGUGUGCAUUUAACCAGAAUAUCAAAGCAAUAAUCUGAUUGGUUGAUUUUAAGUGUCCUUAUUAUCCGAACUGCUGGAACCAAAGAGUUUAUUUAAAGCAAACAGGAAGCAGCGUUAUUGAUUAUUAAUUAUUGAUUGUUGAAUAGCUUUAAUCACUUUGAGGUGUUUGUGUUUGUUUGUUGACCAAAAAAUCUUUUCUUGUUUUUUAUCGAUUGAAUCACUUUAAAAAAAAUGUGCCUUAAAUAGUUUGAGAGGGUUGAAUGUGUUGGUGGAGGGAAGCUGUCAGUAAAAUACAACCUAAUAAACCUGA